AGAGCGGCUCGCGGCCGUGGCGGCUCCUCGGCCGGCUUCUGUGUCAGUCAGCGGAGCUGGGACGAUGGCUUGCUGGCAGUCCUGGUAGCGGGCGGGCGGAGGGAGCCGCCUGAGGAGGAGGAGGAGGAGGAGGAGGAGGAAGGGUCGAGGAGGAGGGCGGGCCGGAGCCGCUGUGACGGAGAUCCCCCGGGCUCGGGGCACUGCUCUGGUGAAAGGCUUUGAACAGAUGUGGAAAGAUGUUGACGACAGAGAAAGGGGUUGUGGAGGAAUGGUUGUCAGAAUUCAAGACACUACCAGAAACAUCUCUAUCAGAGUAUGCUGGAAAUUUGAAAGAUAAGAGUACUUUGGUUUCAUCUUUAUAUAAAGUUAUCCAGGAGCCACAGAGUGAUUUGCUUGAACCUGUGUGUCACCAGCUCUUUGAGUUCUACAGAAGUGGAGAAAAAAAGCUUCUACUCUUCACACUGCAGUUUCUCCCAGAACUGAUGUGGUGCUACUUGACUGUGUCUGCCACCCGGAAGCGGCACAGCACGGGCUGCGUUGAAGCUCUUCUUUUAGGCGUUUACAACUUGGAAAUAGUUGACAAACAGGGACAUAACAAAGUGUUGAGUUUUACAAUCCCAUCUUUAUCUAAGCCAUCAAUAUAUCAUGAACCUUCCAGCAUUGGUUCCAUGGCUCUGACAGAGAGCGCUUUAUGCCAGCAUGGUUUAUCAAAAGUUGUUUACAGUGGACCUCAUCCUCAAAGAGAGAUGUUAACAGCUCAGAAUAAGUUUGAAGUGUUGACAUUCCUUUUAUUGUGUUACAAUGCUGCCUUAACCUAUAUGCCCAAUAUCUCUCUUCAAUCGCUGUGUCAAAUUUGUUCAAGAAUCUGCAUUUGUGGAUAUCCUCGACAACAUGUAAGAAAAUACAAAGGUAUAAAUAGCAGGAUCCCAGUUUCUUCAGAAUUCAUGGUGCAAAUGUUAACAGGAGUUUAUUUUGCCUUUUAUAAUGGAGAGUGGGAUGUGGCUCAGACGGCCCUGGAAGAUGUCCUGUAUAGAGCCCAGUUGGAAUUGUAUCCUGAACCACUGCUGGUUGCUAAUGCAAUAAAGACUUCCCUGCCAGCAGUUGCCAUGAAAUCUAGUAAGGAGGGUAAAAGAUGCAUUCAGGUUGAAAUUACCCCAACUUCAUCAAGAAUAUCCAGAAAUGCAGUCACCAGCAUGUCAAUAAGAGGGCAUAGAUGGAAAAGACAUGAGCAAGAUGACGACAGUAAUGACUCUGCCGACCCGGGCAUCCUGGUCAUACCUGAGCUUAGUGUCACAAAGGUGGCCGGAGAGAGAUCCGGGAAUGGGGAAAAAAGCAAAGCCCUGGGAGAGAGUGAUGCCCAGCAUGGGCAGGGUGUGCAGGAAACGGCCCCAGACCCUAGAACUGAGAGCAAAGGCUUGCCAGAGCUCAGGAGGCAAAAGUCUGUGAGGAGAAUGAUGGAGGACGGACGGGGGCCGCUUUAGCAGAGGUCUUUCUAGCUGCCCUCCCAGGUAAUACAGAUUUAACAGGCCAAGAGGAACUAAUGGAAAUAUCUGAAGUUGAUGAAGGAUUUUAUUCCAGGGCUGCAUCUAGCACCAGCCAGACUGCCUUAUCAAACACCACCACCACCAGCAAGACCAGUUUAGGAAAGAAUCCACGAAGGUCUGGAGGAAACAGAACUGGAGGAAAAGAAAAAGAAGCCACUGGUGAAUCAGGCAGAGAGCACUCAGCUCGAAAACAAAACCCAAGAGCCCUGAGUGAGAACCUCGAGCUGCUGUCUCUGAAGAGGCUCACUCUGACCACCAGCCAGUCCCUGCCCAAGCCUGGCAGCCACAGCCUGGCCAGGACGGCCACCACCAUCUUCAGCAAGUCUUUUGAACAAGUCAGUGGCAGCACCGUCCCCCACAACCCAGGUGCUGCGGGUGGUGGAGGGACAGGGACAGAUGCCAAUAGGUUUUCUGCUUGUAGUCUGCAAGAGGAAAAGCUGAUUUACAUCUCUGAAAGAACCGAGCCACAAAUUGCAGUUAAACACCCAGCCAGCCAGCAGAGACCUCCUAGCAUCAGCAUCACCCUGUCAACCGAUUAGCAUCUGAGACAUAUCCCCACACAAGCAGUGAAUUGGGAGGUUUCCUUUCUUUUUAUGUCCUUCAUCCCUGUUUUGACAAGAAUUCACAGAUGUCUUCAAUUCUGGAAGUCAGUUGGAAUGGCAAGUAGUGUCUCCAGUGCAAUGAGUUAAAAUGUAGUUUGGCUUUUCCCUGGCUCUCCUGGCUUGAGGAUAGUCUUAUCAACCCCCAAGGGAGUCAGGGUGCAAUUCUGGCAGGUUGUCUGAUCGCUUUGGCCACAUCGUGGGUGAGGCUGACUCUUUCUGUUACUUGUAUUAUGACCUUCAGUGUAGACAGAUGUCAUUGAUUGUUGUUGAAAAGGUGAGGCAGCAGUGAAACUCCAGGAAUCCUACCACCAUUUUAGUGAGUCUGUUCUGCAAAACCAUCAGUCGUAUGAGAAACUAUGUGUAUGUGAGGGACAGCAUCAAGGGAAAUCUCUCUCAGUUGGGACCAGAGUUGGGACCUGAGCCUCAGGCCUGGGUGUGUCAUUUGAUACCAGGUCCACCCUGGAAUGUGAAUGAAGGUCUUAGCAAUACUUGGCGCCCAGCAGAGAGCUGGAUCCCACCUGUCUGAUUGCUAGUUGCUCGGUUGUGUUUUCUGCUCCAGGUUGAGCAGAUAAACCUUCGUUUCACCAUUUCCUCCAAGUUGUAAUAGGCCCUGACAUGUUUCUCCAGCUCUUCUACUUUGGAAAUUCCAGUUAAUUUGAUCCUCUAGUUAGGGGAAUGCCCUUCUGGAGAUGGCUGGAAGAUCACUGUGAAUCUCAUAGUAUUCCAGCAAAAAGAAAAGAUAUUAAAUGUCAAGAUAACUGUCAAUUUUUCCUCUUGCACAACACUGAGUUUCUAUGCAAAUAAAGGAGUUUAGAUGUUAAAAGUUUUACAACUGCACAAUGUCAUGAAAGAAAAGAAAGACCAACAGACUAUAAAAGAACAAAAGACAUUUACAUGCUAAUUGUAAUUUAGCAUGGUCAUUUUUCCUGCUUUGGGCCUAUACAUUUAAAAUCUCCACAUAGGAUCAAGUGGUUGCCUUGUGGUUGUUCCUGCCUCCUAUAAGGACUGUUUAUAUUUUAAAAUUGUCCUUAUAUUUAUUUGAACAAAAUUACCCAGAUAACCAGUUUCGCCCUAAAGCUUUUUACCUGCUACUCUCCAGAGUCUGUUCUACUAACAGUAAAAUGUCAUUUACAUAUUUCUUGCUCCCACUUUCCCCCACUUAGAUCCAAAGAAAAAUAGACAGUGACUUAGUAUGUUUUCUUUUUACCAUCUUUCCUUAAGUGUAGGUCAGAAAUAGGAGAAGACCAUGUGGGGGUUGUCCAUUAAAGUGUUGAUUUAUUUAAACUUAGGUCAAAAAUUAAUCUGUAAAAACCAAAGCACAAACUUAUGACUCUCAGCUCUGAAUGCCCCCGAGUUGGGAAUAUUAUCGAGAUUUGUUUUCUGUAGGCUUAGGCGUUAAACUUGGGGUGAGGUCUUUUGGCCUAUGGAACAGCUAAUCAACAGAGAGGUGUAUACAGGCCAGGAAAGCAGGGAGGUCUGGGUGCCAUUGUAAAUGCUUGACCAAGAUCACCAGGGAUUCCCUCCCUACUCCUAUCUGUAAGGAAAACAAAGAGCUGAAGGAUUUUUUUUCCAUAGAUGCCACAAUAUUAAUAUUCUUAAUGAAUUCAUGUCUUUAGUCUUAAUCUCAAGCAGGUUAUUACUUUUGGUGGAAUCUCAUAAGGGAAGGCCAUAUAGAUUAGGAAAGCUUUAGCAGUUGGUGCCCCACCCUGUAAAUGUGCAGAAAGCACAUUUUCACCCUGUCCUGAAGCCUUAUUUUGCUGUUAGGGAUAACAGUGCAAAUCAAUCACUGGGCUAAUGACUGGA